AUGCAGGUCCUCCUGAAAAUACUGAUGAUUAUUUUCAUAAAGAGCAUUCUUACUAUUUCGUUAGUGACGACAACGGUGUGCGAUUUGGUGCGCAAAAUUGACGAAAAUAUAAUUUUUCUCAAGAUCAUUUUAUCAGAAUUGGCCGCUCGUGAGGAGCUCGCUGAUACUGUUGCUGAAUUGGAAUGUUUGAAGAUCCAGUCUAACCCCAGUAGUAACACUCGUGGAAACUCUAUUUUCAGUGAACUGGAGGAUCGUCGCGUGCGUGCCGAAAAGUUGGUUGCAAAGCAGAAGGCCAAAAUUGGCCAACUGCGCCAAGAUCUCACCUCGGCCCGUUCAGAGUCCCGGCAACGGAUGCUGCAGUUUAUACAGGAGAUGGACGGCAAAUUCAACAAGCGCGACACCCAGAUUAUCGAAGAUCUCAAGGCUGAACGUGAUCGUCUGGUCCUGGAAAAUGAUCGACUGGAAGCCACUAUAAAAGUAUUUAAGGAUGAAAAGUUGAACGCGCUUCGCGAGGCUGACAAGUUUGCAGAAGCCUUUAGACCCGGACUGAACAAUGGCAAGCGAUUAAUUGCGGCCUUAGAGUACGUUGUCCAUGUUUUUUCAGUGGCUCAUAAAAUAACUGUCAUUCGAGACAAGGAGCAAGGUAACACUUGCCGUCCGCUAGAAGAACGCAAUACUUUGAACUUCUAUCCUGACUAUUUAAGUGUACUUGCAAUUAAUCAAAUUCCAACGUUUACGUAA